GCCUCCUUUUCCACACCCUCCAUCCCGCUCUCUCCCUUCUCUUUUACUCUUUUCCCUCUCGCUAUCUCUGAACUUCUUCGAGGGUGUAGUUUUUCCUUUUCAGGCAAACCUCGUUUUCUUAGGCGGAGAAUGGCGGUGGAUACUCUGCACCUGCGUAAGGAGGGCAUCGCCGGCGUUCAGAAGGAGCCCGUGGCAGUUGUGCCGGUUAAGGAGACUCAUUUCAGAGGCGUGCGUAAGCGUCCGUGGGGAAGGUUCGCUGCGGAGAUACGCGAUCCGUGGAAGAAGACUAGGAAAUGGCUGGGAACCUUCGACACCGCGGAGGAGGCGGCCAGAGCUUAUGACGAGGCCGCCAGGAAUCUCCGAGGGCCGAAGGCUAAGACUAACUUUGGCUGCGGAGGUGUCGCCACCUCUGCUGCUUCUUCCACUACGUUCCAGAAGCAUCUUCAGCAGUGGCGGAGUGCCUAUGUCGCCUCCGGUGAACGGAAUGUGUUUCAUCAGGCCGGAGGUCCGGCGGGGAUGCCGUCGGUUUCGGAAUUUCCCGGUUAUAAGUUUGAGGCUGUGGAGGUGUUGAUGAGGAGCGAACAGGAAAAGAAGGCAAUAAAAGAGGAGAAGAAGCCUUUGUCCUUCGAUCUCAACCUCCCACCCCCUCUCUUCUGAUCUGACGGCUUUAAUUUGGUCUGUGGAGAGAUUUUAACGUGUUACCGCCGGGAAAGGUCUCAUUGUCGUCGAAGAUUCCGGCACCGUCUUUUUUACAGCUUUUGACCUUUGUUGUUUCAUCUUUCGCCCUCCGGGAUUUGGAUCUAAUUUCCUUUUUAUGUACAGAUGAAGGAAUCUUGAUAUGCGAUCAGAGGAAGCAAGAAAAAUUUUAACCGAAGAUCUUUGCGUUUGUAGUUGUGCAUUUCUGCUACUUGUUACUUUCUAACGUCUCUAACCACACUCGAUCGAUGUUCUCUGACUCGUUUGUCCACGAAAGUCAUGUACAGUGGCGUCUAAUUGUAGUAGUACCUUCACUGAUGGUUGGUCUGAACGAUCCCUCGUCGGUUCGGUCAUGGACGAGUCGA